AUGAAAAUUUGCCUUCAUGCAAGGAACAAUGAGAGUAUUGAGCUGGAGGUUCAUCCGAAGGACACAUUCGAGCGGAUAAAAGAGAUCAUCCACACGGAGAGAGGCAUACCAAUUGACAAAAUACAAAUAUUUGCUGGAAGUACAGUCGUUGACGACAGUCUCACACCCUCCCAAUAUUCAUCUUGUUCCGGUACCUUCUAUCUCGUGACUGGCCGUGAUGAUGUAAUACAGAUCACAGUCAUAUGGGACGGACAAGACACACAAUUACGAGUUUCUAGACAGGAAAGUGUGGAAGGAGUGCUCUACCAAUUCAAGAAAUUAUUGGGCAUUAAGCAAGUUCGAGGAGCCCUGUCAUUUAAUGGCAAAUGUCUAGCCAGUAAGAAGCCUCUCAAAAGUUACGGAAUUGAAGAGGGAGCAAAUUUGGAGUUCACGAUGAUAGCCGGAUGUGUUGAUAUAAUUGACUAG